AUGCCUGGACUGGCAGACCUCCCCGAUGAUGUCUUGCUUCUCAUCUUGACCAGCCUCGAGAGCGCUCGAGAGCUCCGGGCCCUCACCUUAUCAUGCCGGAGACUCCACAGCCUCGUCGCGCAUGAAGGAUGGCGGACCUUUGUCAGGUCCAGAUUCCCGUCCUUCUCCAUUCCUUCCACCACCGGCGACGAGUGGAGGCGGCUGGCGGAAUCGCUAACCUGGCAGAGCCGGUGCUGGGACCGCCGCUCCCUCCGGUUCAACGCCCUGCUUCCGCACCGGCCCGUGCGCCGCCACCGGAUGACCGCGGCCGCCUUCCAGCCCGUCGUGGAUGCCCAUCUCUGCCCCGAGAGCCGCCAGGAGCUGGUCGUCUGGGGCGCCGGGGAGAACAUUGUGGCGCGCUACCGCCAGCGAAACGUCACUGGCGGUGCGACCAGGACUUCGUGGCACCGCUCUGAUGGCGAGCGGUUUGGCUAUGUUCCCGGUUACGACGACGUCAAGGCUCUUGUCAUCGUCGACCAAUCCCACCAGGGCAGGCGUGGCAUCCUUGCCGGGCGAGACAAUGGUGAUCUCUGCCUGUUGUCCGCCCAGCCAGACCAGUUCGGCGAGCGUCUCGCCAGGUUCAGCCUGAGCCAUGCCGAGGAGCCGAUUUCGGGGAUCCGGCCUGGCGGAGAUGCCGGCCAGAACACGAUUAUGUCCCUGGACGUUCUGGACGGUCUGGUGGCUGCUUCCACGAAGAACGAUGUGAUCCUGUAUCGACUACCGCAGGACGAUGACUCCUUUAGUAUCGUCCCUCUGGAGAUAUACAAUUUUGGGGCGCGGGCAUUCGAGCACAGGAACAUGACCCUGGGUUGUGCAAAGUGGAUGGGAGACCAUGAGCUAAUGGCUGUAGCGCUGCGAGGCAGCAAGGAGCCCUUGCGAUACCUGACUCUGACACCACACGGUUGGUCGUCCUAUGUGGCAGCCAAGAAUGCAGACAUCGAGCAGCAGUUUGGCAUAGGCUACGGCAAUAUUUGCCCGAACUCUCUCGUACCAGUGAAGCCAUAUGCGAAUACCAAGGGAGGGACGAACCUGUUGCUGAGUGCCUGGAGGGAUGGUACUUGCAGACUACAGGACAUUCGGACACCAUCCCCCUUCGAUAUGGUCUACCAAGACAACAUCCAUCCGUGGGCCGAGAUGGAAGCCCUCAUGACUUACGGGACAGAGCGAUUCGUGGGAGGCGACAUGCACGGGGCGACGGUCAAGGUUUUCGACUUCAGAUGGAGCAAAGGGUAUUACCACACCUCUGGGUUGCCCUGCGGCAACAUCCGCCCGUUCCCACCUCCGCCACAGCCGUUCGCGCCGGCGCCAGAGGACAAGGCGAAGCUCCGGGUGUGCUGCGACCACGUCAGCGGCUUCCGGUGUCGCUGGCACGAGCUAUCCCGGGACAUUUACUACCGGCCGAACGCGACCUUCUUCCUCUCGCAGAGCUUGCCGCCGGACCACCAGCACGCCCGGGUCUGGUCGCUCGCCAAGGCGUCGGACACGUCCCCGGCCUUCUACGUCGGCGUGUCGGGCGGGAUUGUCGAGGCCAACCUCGAGCCCAGCGACGACGGCGGGGGCGGCAGCGGAACCGGCGGCGGCAGCGACCCCAACUUCGGCUUCCGCGACUGGAGGAUCAGCUCGGCCCACAGCGGCGGCUACGAGCCGACGUACCUCAGGGUAACCAUGAUGGAGACGGGCGACGGCCUCGCGUCCCCCCUGAACCUCAGGACCAUCCGGCUGCCCCCCAUCUACAGCAGGUCGCGGGUGUCCCGGCCGUCUAGGCUUCAGGACGUCGACGGCACGUUGCGGAGACAGCACCGCCUGGAUAGCAGGUUCCAGAACGAGGAGGACUUUCGGGGUCUCGAGCCGAGAGCUGGUUGA